AUGGUGGACUUUCUGGAUAAAUUAAAAAAACUAGGUUUUGAUUAUGCUACUUCUUCGGGUAUUAGCAUUUCCCCUUGGGAAUUAGGAACCAUAGUUGACAAGGAAAAAUUAUUAACGCAAGCUGAAGCAAAAAUUAACCAAGCUGACAGUUAUUAUUCCCAAGCCCGGGCAAGUAGUGAAAACUUAACCCAAAUUUUUGCUAUGCGGGGUCAUACCACUAAUUAUUUGGGAGAGGUCAUUGAAACGCCUAUUACUUCUUCUUUAUGGGAAGGGUUAUCACCCUUGGAGUUUUUUAUUUCUGUUUACGGAGCCAUUAAAGGCAUGAUUGACCUCGCCUUAAAAACCGCCGAAGCGGGUUAUCUAACCCGACGUUUAGUAGAAUCUAGUCAAAAUAUCACUAUCACUUCUUCUGAUUGUCAGACUCAAGCGGGAGCACUACGGGAAGAAAACAUCGAACUUCCUCUCACUAAACAGGUAUAUGGGCGUUAUUUGGCUGACGAUAUUGCUAACAAGAAAAAGGAAAUUAUUCUAACCCGCAAUACUCUCUUGUUAGAAAAAGAAAUAAAAAUCAUUCAAGAAAACCAAAUUAGUUCCGUUUGCAUUCGCUCACCUUGGCACUGUGAGACCGAAGGAGGAAUAUGCCAAAAAUGUUAUGGCUUAGAUUUGAGUAGACCCGGUGAAACCAUUGCCCUGGGAACCGCUGUCGGAAUAAUUGCUGCUCAAUCACUCGGAGAACCAGGAACCCAACUAACUAUGCGAACUUUCCACACUGGUGGAAUAUCCAGCGAAGAAGACAUUACCCAAGGAUUACCCAAAGUUAAGCAAAUAUUUGACAAUAUUAAACCGGAUAAAGAAGAAAAGGCUAUUUUAGCAAAAAGUGAAGGGAUAAUAAGCAGUAUUACAGCAAUUGACAGUAAUGAGACCAACUUCUCUCGGCUAAUUAAGCAAAAAGACCAAGCGGGAGCAGAAAUUAUUUAUCCCAUUGAGAAAGAGCGACUAGUUCGAGUUCAACCCGGAGAAAAGGUGAAAAAAGGACAAAAGUUGACGGGAGGGAAAAUUGAUUUAGAGGAAUAUUUAGAAAUCGUAGGCCGGGAAGUUUGCCAAAAUUAUAUUAAAGAAGAAAUAAGAAAAGCCUAUAAUAAUCAAGGCAUUGAAAUUGCUGAAAAGCAUAUCGAAAUAUUUGCUUGUCAAAUGCUAUCAAAGGUUGAGGUAAUAGCAGGAGGAGAUAGUGAUUAUUUAGGCGGAGAUAUAGUAAAUUAUCAACAAAUCCAAAAAAAUAAUAACUUUCUGCUAAGCAGCAAAAAAAAACCUAUUAUCUUUAAAGAUAUUAUUUUUAGUCUAAAAGACUUGGCUUCUCACCCUCCUUCUUUCUUAGCAGGCAUAUCUUUCCAAAACACCUUAAAAGGGUUAGUGGAUUAUUCCUUAUAUCAACCUAUUGAUUAUUUACAAGGCAGCAAGGAAAGUUUAAUUGCCGGACAGUUAAUCCCCGUUGGCACUGGAUUUAAAGAGCGGGGGAAAUACACCAAAGGAACAACCCGCAGCAAGUCCAAAGAGCAAACUUUUUAA